ACUCAACUCAACUCAACUCAACUCAGCACGACCCCGAGCAAUCGCACCUUCAGCAACCGCAGAACGAAGCAACCAGAAGAGGAAAAAACCACCAUGGCCGAUGACACCACCACAGCCGACAGCAGCAGCCGCAAUAGCAACAAGCGGGUCCUCUCGAUCCAGUCGCACGUCGUUCACGGAUACGUGGGCAACCGGGCCGCCGUCUUUCCCCUCCAGCUCCUGGGCUUCGACGUGGACAUMGUCAACUCGGUGCACUUUGCCUGYCACACCGGUUACGAGCACUUUCCCCACGGAACCGUCAUGAACGGGGACGAGCUCAARACCGUCCUGGAGGGCCUCGAGGCCAACGGCCUGCUGGGGAGCGACGAGACCGACGCCUCCCCCAAGGGCGACGCCAUCGGAUCCGUCCUGACGGGGUACAUCGGGAGCGCCUCCUUCCUGGAGGCCGUCCUGGACGUCCUCGGGGCGGUCCGGGCCCACAACCCGGGGGUGCGCUUUUUCUGCGACCCCGUCCUCGGCGACGACGGCCGGUUCUACGUCCCCCCCGAGCUGGUGGAGGUCUACAAGACCAUUGUCAUCCCCAGGGCGGACGUCGUGACGCCGAACCAGUUCGAGGCGGAGCAGCUGACGGGGAUCGCCGUGGAGACCCUUGCCGACGCCCGUGCGGCCUGCGCGGCCCUGCACGCGAUGGGGCCCUCGGUGGUCUUUGUCACGAGCGCGAUCCUGGGCCCGGCGGACGGGACGGAGAACGAGACGGGACCCGAGGGCAGCGGCAAUGGCAAUGGCAAUGGCAAUGGCAGCGGCAAUGGCAGCGGCAAUGGCAGCGGCAAUGGCAGCGGCAAUGGCAGCGGCAAUGGCAGCGGCAAUGGCAAUGGCAGCGGCCAUGGCGGAGAACCCCGGGACAUUACGAUCGUCGCCUCCAAGACGACCGGCGGGACGCAGGAACUGUGGAGGAUCGAUUGCCCCAAGAUCCCCGGAUCCUUUACGGGAACCGGGGACGUUACCGCCGCGCUCCUGCUGGGCCACCUGCAACACCACCCCGACAACCUGCCGCUCGUCAUGGAAAAGGUCAUCAACACCAUGUACGCCCUGAUCCGGCGAACCCACGAGGCCAAGGGGACGUCGGUGCGGUCCAAGGARCUGCGGCUGGUCCAGAGCAAGGACAUCAUCGAGCACCCCCCGUCGGUCUUCAAGGCCACGCGGCUAUAGAACGCGACGGGACACAAAACAGACAAAAGGCGCAGAGCGUAAAAGUAAAAAGAGAAUUUUCGG